AUGCGAUUCUUCGACAUCUCCGCCACGGCGCUUGUCGCCGCCGCUGCCGUCUUCCACGGCGCGAGCGCUGCUGCUCCAGACACCUACGAUCAGGCCGCCGCACCACCGAGCUACAACAGCUGGACGUCCGCGACGACCACCUACACCACCACGCGCACUGUUCUUCGCGUCGUCGAGACUCUGACCGCCACGCGCAACGGCACCACCUCGGCGUACACCAGCACCAGCUCGUCUACGGUCCCUAUCAUGGCUCCGACUGGCACGGGUUCCAUCAUGACCUUCUCAAAUAGAACCUCCACCGUCCUCGGCACGGGCGCUGGACCAACGGGCACUGGUGCAUCCAGCUCUUCCGGUUACAUUCCACCGCCACAGCAGACCGGCGCUGCUGGCAAGCUCGGCGCGGAAGCCGUGGGCCUGGCCGCCAUCGCUGGGAUCAUUGGCCUGGCCGCCCUCUGA